AUGACUGUGAAAGAAGUAUACGCCGAUCUAACCAUCGUUGGAAGCGGUCCUACUGGCCUUACGAUCGCUCUACUCGCUCGGAAGUUGGGCCUGUCAGUUUUCAUCGCAGACAAAGCACCUACCUCAUUACCCGUCGGUCGCGCAGAUGCACUCAAUGCAAGAAGUCAGCAGACUUUAGAAGUAGUCGGUGUGCUGGACAAGCUCGAGCCGCGGGGCCUGAAAUGCAAUACAAGCUCAACAUUUGCGGAUGGCAACUUCGUGUCACGGCAGAACAAAUGGUGGGUGUCGUUGCAGAACUGCUACCGACCCAAUUUCCUCAUGAUUGGGCAAUCGGACGUCGAAGCAACCAUGCACUCGAUGCUCGACAUCCCUUGUCACUACAACCAUGAAGCCCUUGACAUUGAAGAGUGCACCAUCGACGGCGUAGACCUUGUAAGGACGAUAUUUGCAGACAAGGUGGUAGUCAGCAAGUACGCCAUCGGUGCCGAUGGAGCGAGGUCGAUGGUACGGAAUGUGCUCUCGAUCCCCUUCGAAGGUGACAAACCAAACAUGAACUGGCACGUUUUGGAUACCUUCAUCGACACCGACUUUCCUUGUUGCGAUGAGAUCAUCACGUUCCAACUCAACGGUCAAGCGCGUAUCUCUUGGAUCCCAAGAGAGCGUGGCAUGGCACGUUUCUACACACUUUUGGAAGACAAUUCGCGCGCCGACCAAGCUCGCAUCGAGGACGAAAUCCGCAAGUUUCUGGCGCCGCACCGCGUUGACUUCAAACGCACGGAAUGGUUUAGCAUCUUCGAGAUCAAGGAGCGUGUCGCAAAAACUUACUUCUCGCCCAAGCAGCGCAUCAUCUUGGCCGGUGAUGCGGCUCACAUUCAUGCCGUCAACGGUGGUCAAGGCCUCAACACCGGUCAGGCCGAUGCUUUUGCCCUGGCAUGGAGAUUGGCGCUGGCGGUUCGUGGUGGGUGGCACAGCGUGCUGCAGAGCUACGAGGAUGAGCGACUAGCUACAGCCAAGGGCGUCAUUGACGUCGCGGCAAAACUGGUGAGGAGCACGGUCAAGACGGCGGCUGAGUACGUCGAGCUGAUUGAGAAAAAUGCAAACUACAUCACCGGUAUGGGUGUAACGUACGAUGCCAACACGCCGGUAGUACAAGGCUCGCCAGCGGGCAUAUUUGUACCGGGCCAUCGCGCACCUGACAUCUACCUCCACGCUGACGAGAGCGACGUUGAAGGCACGCGGCUGUAUCAAAUGGUUUCCUACGGGAAGUUCCUGGUAUUCUCAUUGCGAGGUCAGGCAUGGUGCCCUCCUGAAGCGCCAUGGGCGGAGUGGGUCGAGACUUGGGAUGUGUCGAGCAAGGCUAAGCUUAAUCGCAACGCAGUGCGGAGGUUCGCGAGGCUUAGCAGCGUGGGUGUUACUAAAGAUACGCCUGUUGAGAUCGGCAAUGCUGAUUUUGUCGUGAUUCGGCCGGAUAUGUACGUCGGAUAUGCGGGCAGCGAUUUACAAGGUUACUUUGACAGGGUGUUUGCCUCGUAG